AUGAAUCGCUCUCGGAGAAUUCCGCUGUAUGCCAAUAUCAACAAUGGCUACUGCGGCUGCAUUGUCAUCUUCAAAAACGAGCACAAGUACCUACCUCUUACACAAGUCAGCGCCCACGCCACACUGCUCGCCUCCACGUCCCGCACCACUCUCACUCAAACUUUCAAAAAUCCAACAUCAGAGACUAUCAAGGAAGCGCGCUAUGUUUUUCCACUCUUUGACGGCGUCUCUGUAGUCGCAUUCACGUGCACCAUUGGCAAGACUGUCAUCAAGGGCGUCGUCAAGUCCAAGCCCGAGGCCAAGAAGGAAUUCGACGCCGCCGUGGCCAAGGGCCAGCAAGCAGGCCUACUAGAGCAGUCUGACAGAGCUUCGGAUGUCUUCACUACAGCGCUAGGAAAUGUCGGACCCAACGAAGAGGCCAGGGUAGAGAUUACAUAUCUCGGAGAACUCAAGCACGACGCCGAGGUCGAUGGGCUGCGCUACACCAUGCCCACCCACAUUGCUCCGCGUUACGCCGAUGAUUUAGUCCUGCCUAUUCCAGUCCAUCAGUCAGACGUCAUCACAACAGACGCGUCUUUGAGGGUCACUGUCGAUGUAGACUUGGCGACUGGGGCUGCCAUCAAGAGCUUGCAGUCCCCGUCACACCCCAUCUCCGUCAACAUCGGCACCACGUCUACACGUCCCAACGACAAUCCUUCCCUGCAAUAUGCUUCGGCCAGCCUUACGCGCUCCGAUGGGCAGCUCGACAAGGACUUUAUCGUGCAGGUAUGCGCCAAAGGCCUAGGUGACCCGUCGGCCAUCCUCGAGACGCACGCGACUAUGCCCAACCGCAGGGCGCUCAUGGCCACUCUGGUGCCACGCUUCAACCUCGCGGUGGAAAAGCCCGAGGUCGUCUUCAUCUGCGACCGCAGUGGCAGUAUGGACUCGGGCACGCGUCUGCCCAACCUGGUUGCGUCGCUGCAAGUCUUUCUCAAGUCACUGCCGGUCGGCGUCUUGUUCAACAUUUGCAGCUUUGGCUCCUCACAUUCGUUCCUAUGGCCCAAGUCGCAGCCCUAUAACCAGGCGACGCUCGACGAGGCAACAGCGCAUGUCAAGAGCUUUUCGGCAAACUAUGGCGGCACGCGCAUCCGCGAGCCUAUCGAGGCUACGUUCAACAAUCGCGAGCGGUCGCGAAAUCUGGAAGUGUUUCUGAUGACAGAUGGCGAGACGUGGGAUGAGAAUGGCACCUUCGAAGCGAUCAACCGAGCCGUCAAAGAGGCUCAAGGCGCUAUCCGUCUGUUUGCACUGGGUGUCGGCGCUGAUGCCAGUCACUCGCUCAUUGAGGGUACGGCGCGGGCUGGCCGGGGCUUUGCGCAGUCGGUCGGCGAGAAUGAAAAGAUGAACAAAAAGGUCGUGCGCAUGCUAAAGGGUGCCCUGACGCCGCAUAUCAAUGACUACAGUCUGGAGAUCAAGUACGAAAAGGAGGACGACGACGAAUUCGAGCUGGUGGAAAAGGUCAGCGAGUGUACUGUGGUGGACAAUGGCGAGGAGCCUGAAACACAGCAACCAGCCAAGGCGUCCAUUUCUUUGCACGACACAUCUGUCAAGGAUGAAGACCUGGAGAUGCCCGACGCCAAGACGCUCCAUCUCCCUACGCUACCCACGCCGACAUAUCUGCAAGCUCCGCACAUCAUCCCUCCGCUGUUCCCCUUCAACCGCACCUCUGUCUACGUGUUGCUCUCUGAUCAGGGCGCGCACCGCACGCCCAAGUCUGUCGUCCUCAAGGGGACGGCGCCCCAAGGUCCUCUGGAGCUCGAGAUUCCCAUCACGGCUCUCGCCGAAAAGGGCACCACCAUCCACCAACUCGCGGCGCGCAAGGCCGUGCAGGAUCUGGAGGAGGGCCGCGGUUGGAUCUACGAAGCCAAGCUCACGAACGGCAAGAUGCUGAACGAGACGUACGCCAUGCAGAUGAGCGACGUGGCGCGGGAGGCCGGUGUCAGGCUUGGCGUGGAGUACCAGGUGGUGGGCAAAUGGUGCUCGUUUGUUGCUGUCAAGAAGAGGAGCAAUAAGACCGCUCACGAUGCAUCUUUCAGUGCGGCAGAGACGGCACAGACGCCGAAGAAGAGAUAUGAAGACUGCGACGAGGAGGUCGUGGACUUCGUCGAAAUAGGCGACAGCUGCGACGACUGCGUGAUAGACGACGGCGCGCAGCCUUUCUCGGCAACCACGCCAGGCAGCGCCGCUCCGAGGAAGAGGGCGAUGGCCCAGAUGUCGGCGCGCAGGUCGGCUCCAACUCGUGGCAUGGCUGCGCCGCCACCACCCGCAGCACCGAUAUGGGCCUCAGCGGCGACUGCCAGUUUUGGCGGCCGUAGCGCGUACGGUUUCGGCGCGACAUCUAGCGGCCUGUUUAGCAGCGCACAGCCGCAGCAGCAGUCGGCCGCGAGUUUCGGCGGCGGUAGUUCGUCGUCGUCGUUGUUCGGGGCGCCGGCCCCCUCGAUGAACGCGGCCUCCGGUGGGCUGUUCGGGAGCGCACAGUCAUCACAGCCACAACAGCAGCAGCAGAUGUCACCGCCGCGACGGCAGCGAAUGUCACAGCCAGGGGAUGCUGCAACGCUGCAGCAGCUGCAACAGAAACAGCAGCUGCAGAUGCAGAUGGCCCAGCAUAAGCGCCAGCAGCCACAGCAACAACAGCAGCAGCAGCAGCAGCAGCAGCAGAUGGCUCAGCACGCGGUCGGCGUGAGCCAGUCUACUUUUGGCAACGCCUCCCCCAGCGGCAACGUCGACGACGACCACGACAAGACACCGCUCGAGGCCAUCAUCGCGCUGCAGACCUUCAGCGGCAGCUGGACAUGGUCGGCGGCGCUGGAACGACUCCUGGGCGUGACGCAGGACGCAGCGAGUAAGGCGCUCCAAGUCACGUCCGAGGCGGCGACGGCGACGUUAUGCGCAAUGGCAUAUCUCCAGGCGAAGCUCGCCGACGAGGAGGAGGUGUGGGAGCUGGUGGUGGAUAAGGCGCGGGAGUGGCUGACGACGACGCUUUCCUUGGGAGAAGACGACGUCAAGGCGCUGGAGGGCCAGGCACAGCAGGUUCUGGGUUGA